AAGUUGAUACAGAUCCCCGCCGACCUCCUACGCACAGAUCCUCCUCCUCGUUCCCCUCCUCCGCCGGCGACGUCUGGUUCCUCGUCUGCGGCAUCCUCUGACGACCUCCCGGCCGCGGCCUGUGGGGCCUUGCCGUGGGACGCGUCCCCGUCGUCAUACAACCCAAGGUCUUGAAAAAGCCCUCUGUCAUCCCUGAUCCUCGCCGGGCGUGCUCUACGUCCGUCGUGCGCCGCCAGCCGCACCGAACCACGCUGUCUUGCGCCGUCGCCCGCCGCAUUGGCCGCACGCCGCCGCGGCUUGGGGAGCUAGCAAGACAACUUGGGGAGUAGUCUAGGGGCCGCUGUCGCGGUUCCUAGCCAGCCUCCACGCCAAUCACGUUGGCAAGAAUGGCGACCUGGAUGGGUGACUCCCCAUCUCGGUGCUCCAUAAUGACAUUGCGGAAGAGGACGGCGGGUUGCGGGGAGCGCGAGGAGAAGGCGUGGGCGAAGGAGAAAGGCACCACAGUGACGCGAGUGGAUCCCGACAGCGAGCUCUGGUGAUGCGAAUCAAGCUUCGGCAACGGGAAUCGAAGUCCGGUGGUGUGAAUCGAUCUCUGGCACCGUGCGGCAGAAGGGAAGAGAUCCCUGGUGCGUAAUCUGGCAAGUUCAGCCCCCUUCCCGCCCCUGGCCUGCUCUUACGCCCCAUCCACGAUGGGGUGCGACCCAAGUUGCCGGCAUUCAUCUGUAACCAGGAGCAACAGUUCGCUCCGGUCCAAUUUGGACCAAGGUACUCCAGCAGGCGGUCAAUUGCUGCUGGUUUGGUCACUCCCGUUUACUCCCGUGCGCACACCAAGUUUGUAAUACAUUGUGUUCUUCCUUCGUCUUGGACUCUUGGUGGUACUUGGCUACUUACUCUUUCAGUUAGUUUCAUGGCCGCUCUUUCCUCUAUGCCAAUCUUCAAAUUUCAUAGGUAGCUAAUGUCUAUGGACGUUUAUCACUUUAUCCUCUCGAAUAUCUUUUGCUACUUUAACAUAACAAUACAAUGUACUGUCAACAAGUUACCUGUUCCUGCAGAAAUGAGGAGGCAAAAGGGUAACUACGGUUUCAAGCUGAAUGUGGCCGAAAUGGAUGCUUCCAACCUUACCUUUAUGCAUUGGCCACUGCUACAGUGUUCGCUGAUGUCGGGAACCAAGCUCUCCUGCACGUUCGAGAAAAAUAAAUGGACCACCCCAUCCAUCCCAAAUUGGUUUACUUGCUGGGCAGGACCUGGCCUGCAAUCUCCUUCUGUUGCUGUUGCAAGAAAUUAUGCACAUAUGAUGGCUGCCAAGUUCUCUUGGCUGGUAAUUUAUUACUGGUGUUAACUCUGGUUAAUGGAUGAUAACCUCUUAUGUACACAGAAAAUGUUAAAAUAUUAGGUUGCAUACGUCUUUCUUUGUGAUUGGUUAUUGUGUUCAUCAUGAUUUUUCGUUGCAGGUUGUCGUUCCUAAUUUAAAGAUGUAGUGCUAAGUAAUUACACGGUGCUUUAGUAGAGAUUGGUUCUUCUUAGUUCUGUUAUGAAACUAUAGUGCUGGUCUGAUGUUGUGUCCAGUUAGUUGAUAAAAUGGAAUAUUUUACUACUUAAUUAUGUUCGUUGUUACUUUCUGUCCUCUAGCUUUUCGGUUUUUCUCUAUCGUGUGAUCUGGAUUACGCUGAUGAAUGAGACAUCACCCGUGAUUACAAGAUUGCCGAGUCCAGUAAGAAUGUGAAUUUUGGUUGAGUUCAAUGUGGUGGUAUGAUUCGUGUGAUUAUAAGAGUGUCGAGCCCAAUGAGAAGCCCUUUGCACUGCAUACCAGUGCAAAGACAAAGAAGGCAUGUGUCAAUUUAUUUCUUUUGGAGUCACAGACAGCCAUCCACUACCUCCUCCAGGAGGAGCUUGACACCAUCCCCAAGAUCAGGUGCUGGAAGGUUUGGAAGUGCGGUGUCCCUCGAUCUGUAUCGACAUUCACCCCAUUCUACUAUCUCUGCGGCAUAGACGGGAGUUGCUGCUCGUCAUUUACAUCAAGAUCUUCAACAACAGAGGCAUCCGUGAUGGCUAUCAGAUUUGUGAAUUAUGAGGGCUUGCUAAGCACCAUUGAGCCCUUUGAUGGCACCAAUUUUCCCAAGUGGAAUAAAGAGGUGCAUGCUGUUCUCAAGGUUCUGGGCCUUGAUUACGCAUUAUGUGAUAAUGAACCAAUUGCUCCUGCGGCAAAUGCUGAGAGUUAUGAUGAGCAAAUAAAGAAGUUUAACUCCAACUUGGAGAAAUGGAAACAUUCCAAUAAGCUUGGAAAAAUGAUUAUCAACCAAUCAAUCUCAGUUGCCAUAAGAGGAGUACUUCCCUGUAUAAAGAAUGAUGGGGAACUAAGUGCUAAGGAGUUUCUAAACUCCAUUGAGGAAAAUUAUGAAGUUGAUUAUGCCAAUUUCCUCAUAAAUAAGUCGUGUACCUCACAUUAUGAUGGGCAAAAUGGUAGCAUGUAUGAUAUGGCUGCAGAGUUGAAAACUCGAAGUUGCAAGUUCUGCCAGUCACCUGGUCACAUUAUGAAGCAAUGCCUUGAGUUUAAAGAAUGGAAUGAAAAUAAGGGUCAUUAAGUCUGAACCAUAAGAUAAGGGGAGACAAGGGGAGAAAAUCCAACAAGUGACGAUGGAAAGGCAAAAGACAUUAGAAGCUUCGCAUUAGCUCGUAGCUAUUAGCUUGGCUCUAGUGUUUAUUUUGAUGAUAUAUAUUUUGGAUUGAGUAAAGACAUAUUUGUUUCAGUAAUAAUAAGUGAUUCUGGACAUUUUGUCAAGUUUCAAAAUAAUAAAGACAUCAUCAUUUGUUGGAUCUGUUAUUUGUCAAGGAAUUUUCAUAUACAUUUCUUGUA